UCUUUUGUCGUUUCGGUGUGUUAUUUUCGCAUGGACAUAUCUGGGAUUAUUUUUGUGCUUCUUUUUGCUUUUUUCAAUGUGUACUCUUUUGUUAUAAGUGUGAAAUACGAGACAAAUUUCUUAAGUCUACAUUUAACUUUGUUAAAAGAAUUUAUAGCCAAAAAAGUAAUUUUAAUAUUACGGUACAGAAAUGUUAAAAUAAUACAUUCUUAUUGAUAUAAGAAUUUAAGAUAUUAAUGCUUUUAGAUUUUAUAAUACUCAAUUAUAUUGUAUUGUAAAUAAGAACAAAAGGCAAACAUGUCGAAAGCAUUACCACGCAGCGAUAAAGAAUUGCGUGGUCAAUUGCAGUUAGAAAUCGAAAACAAAUUUAAGCCAUGUUCACAUUCUACUUAUGAGUGCACUAUACCUCGGAUUGACGGCUAUGAUUAUUGCAUUCGUCAUAUCUUGCGUGAUCCGCGAGGAAACUUUCGUCAAUGCAGUUAUGUUUACUUCAAUGGACGCAAAUGCCCUAAUGCAUUACCCAAACAUGAUAUCAAGAAGGAUCCAAAUAUGACUACUCUCUGCUUCGAACAUAAUCGUCAAGCACAACUGCAGAAAACUCAUGCUACAGUGGGUAAAUUGAAGCAGGUCGACAGCAACGAAGUGCUGUUCAAUAGUCUGGCCCACCAUCUCAACGUAAAGGAGGUUACUAAUAAAAUCAAAAAUACCUGUGAACAAGAUGAAGAAAUUGAUGUGGUCUCUUCUCAAGUGAAUACUUUUAUUAGCCAUCAACAUGUCAAAGCUUUGAACGUUAUCACCACCACGAUGCGUAAACGCCGUCGUAUAUUGGAUUAUGCUUCGGAUACUACGUCGGAUGAAGAGGUAAUUUGUAUGAAUAAUACCUCCCGCGGUCCUGAAUGCAAUGAAUCGGACAAUGAAAGCAUAGACUCUGAGGAGGAGGAUAUUCUUAAACAUGCUGGCAUUUAUACACGGCAGGAAGCAUUACGCAUUUCAGAAGCUAAGCUAACUAAGCUUCAAGGUCUCUAUAUUGAUCAAAUUAAUCGAUUGCAUCAUAUUUUACGUGAGAAAAGACGUCGUUACUUAGCUGCUAUGCAUCGAGAACGAGAACAUUUAUGCAGCAUACACGAACAAGUCAGAGAAACUCGAAGAGAAAGAAUCUUAUAUGAAAAAUUGAAGGCUUUAAAUUCGUAUCAUCGUCGCCACGGGGUAGAAGCGGUUUUAUAUAAAAAAUUUAAAGAGAAACGAAAUCGAUCGGGUGAUGGUUAUGCCCCUAAAACUACCGGCUUUAUCAAAUGUAUAUACUCCGAAGGUGGCGUUAAAUGCGGUGAUCGUUCUUUGCCCUGCUGCAAAUAUUGUCGUAAACAUGUAUUGGAGGAUAAGAAGCAAAUUCUUUUCAAAGCUUGCGAAGUAGAGAAAUCGGCUGUUGUAUGUCAAGAACCAAUACCAAAUAUAUUUGAUGAUCCUACAUGCGUUUUACAUUUGACUAUACCACAGCAAAAACAAUAUAUACAAAAAAAAUAUGAAUCUGAAACUGAAGACGAGGAAAUUGAAGUUAAAGAAGAAAUCCUUACCAAUAUUAAAAACAAGCCUAUUGUUGUUAAUAACGCAUCGGGAAAUUCAUUAAAAGUUAAUAACAGCAUUACCAAGACCAGCAGGAAUCAGAUUAUCAAAAAUAUUUGUAAUAAUGUUACCAUUAAACAUGAAAACCAUUUAGUAGCUGCUGAUUGAUUAAUUAAUUAUGAACAACCUAAGUGCUUGCAAUAGAUCAAAAUAAUAAGAGUCAACAAAUGCGAAUUGUAAUUUUAUAAAAUAUUGUUUAUAUUCAUUUGUUGGAGAAUAAAACAUACAAAAAAUUUUAGCUAAAAUGUUCAUCUUUUUCACACCGUCUUUUUUUCGCUUAUU